AUGGCCUGGUCGCCUGCCCAGCCUGCCCUGGCUCCUAAGCCAGUGCCGGACAUCCUCAAGGCGCUCUAUCGCACUUCCCUUGAAGCUCCAGAGGCUUUCAAAGCGGAAUAUGAGGCAACUACCUCUCGAAUCCUUUCAAUCCUAGAGAGCUUCCCGCUGAGACGUGAGGAGUGUGAGACACUUGAAGGCGAAAAUGCCUUGCACUUCGCUGCCGGAUGUGGUAGCUUGGAGGUUUGUCAGGCGCUGCUGGAGCGACAUCCAGAGCUGAACCUGCAGGAAGACCCUCAUGGCCAUACUCCCCUAUUCUGGGCGGUACGCCACGGACUGGUUGGUGCCACGCAGCUGCUGAUUAGGAGAGGUGCGGCUUCUUGGCACACUGACAAGCGCGGCCUCACUGCCCUGCAUUGGGCAGCUGCCCUGGGCUUUGCAAGGAUAUGCAGCUUGCUGCUUGCUGUGCCAGCAGCAAGAGCCCUCAAAAACCAGCGCUGCAGCAGGGGGUGGACUCCAUUGCACUCCUCGGCAUAUGGUGGCUCAGCCAAGUGCUGCUCGGCUCUCCUACAAGCUAACGCAGAUGUCGGUCUUCGCACUCCUCAGGAGUGGACGGCGCUGCACCUUGCUGCUGUCAAGGGUCAUGUGGAGGUGCUGCAAAUAUUGCUGCCCUAUUGCUCCACGGAAGUCAUCCUGGCACUCGACUACCAUGGUUGCAGUGCCAGAGACCUUGCACAGGAGGCUGGGCAGAGCAAUGCAGCAGAGGCCCUUCAGCAGCCUGAGGACAUGCAUCGGCAUCAGGCACGCUGCUGGCACCAAUGCUGUCAGAAACAGCCUGAGGUUAAGCUGUCAGAUCUCCUUGCAGCUGCAUUGCACAUCGAGGCUCCCAUUCUUGAGAAGGUCGGCCGCGACGCAGUGGAGCUCAGCUGUCACAUUGUGGACCUUCAGUUCCGCAUGAGCGGCUACGUGGUAGAGGUGAAGCAUUGUGGUGGACCAGAUGGUGCUGCACCAGCCCGUGUGUACUAUGCACGAACGGUGGAGCAGCGCAAGGUCGAGUUGGUGGAGUUCCUGGUGCCACGAGUCCGGUCAAGCGGACAAGCUGUAUGGCAGCAAGGGGAGAGAUACAAGUUUCGAAUACGCGGUUGUUGCGAACGGCGCUUGGCACCCGACCCUGGUGCAGUUCGUCAAGCUUCUAGGCGUAGCAAGGAGCUGGCGUCCAUAGAAGAAGAAGAAGAAGGGUACCCUUAA